GGUCCAGUGGCUGCUUUUAUCAACCAAUGAAAUAUUUUCCUGACGGAUCCCAAAAUAUUCCUGGGCCAAUGGAGGGGGAAGCCCAAGAUGCCUCUGUGGCUCCGCGGAGCGGCAGAGCCUCUUAAGUUGGGGCAGGCAGGCAGGAGCUCAGUGGGGACCUGGGCCGCCGCCAGCUCCGACCUGGCACUUGCUCGCCCGCGUCACUGUCAGGAUUUGUCUAGCGACGCGUUCCCUAACAGGGGUGUGUUGGGGGGAGUCCUCUUUCCGACUUUCGAAAUGGUUAUCAAAGUGUUUGUUGCCACCUCUUCUGGGUCCAUAGCGAUUAGGAAGAAACAGCAAGAAGUCGUGGGCUUUUUGGAAGCUAAUAAAAUUGACUUUAAGGAAUUAGAUAUAGCUGGAGAUGAAGACAAUAGGAAGUGGAUGAGAGAGAAUGUUCCUGGAGAGAAAAAGCCUCAAAAUGGAAUUCCUUUGCCGCCCCAGAUCUUCAAUGAAGAGCAGUAUUGUGGGGAUUUUGACUCUUUCUUCUCUGCAAAAGAAGAGAAUAUUAUUUAUUCGUUCCUUGGUUUGGCUCCCCCUCCAGGCUCAAAGGUAGAAAAAUCGCCCGAGGAAGCAUCUUCCCUUCCCAAUGGUGAUGAAGCGGGAGAGGCACAGAGCAUCGCAGAGAUCCCAUCGGCAGUUCUGGGGUUUGGCUCCAUGCUCUAG